UCCUAAAUGAAUUACUAUCGAAAGAUAAACCGUAGCAGUGGUCAGCAGAAUGUCAAGCAUCUUUUGACAGAGUCAAAUCAAUGCUCAGCUCAAAAAUUCUUUUGACGCACUUCGAUCCCAGCUUGGAAAUUGUUGUUGCAUCUGAUGCCUCUAGUCAUGGAGUUGGAGCAGUGAUAUCUCACGUGUUUCCGGAUAAAUCAGAGAAGACAAUUGCCCAUGCUGCUAGAUCACUUACUCCAGCCGAGCGAAACUACAGCCAAAUUGAAAAGGAAGCUCUUGCAAUCAUUUUCGCAGUCAAAAGAUUUCAUGAAAUGCUCUAUGGUCGUACAUUUACUCUACUGACAGAUCACAAACCUUUGAUUGCAAUCUUUGGUUCUAAGAAAGGAAUCCCUGUCUAUACGGCUAAUAGACUACAGCGCUGGGCAACAAUGCUCCUGAGUUAUGAUUUUAAUAUCAAGUAUCAGUCAACAAAUACUAUCGGUCAAGCUGACGCUCUCUCCCGAUUAAUUGGAGUUCAACAUCCUGGACCAGAGGAUAUAAUCAUUGCCUCCACAGCAGUAGACCCAGAAAUACGAAGUAUAGUGGCAGAUGCCAUUCGAAACACUCCAGUGUCGUCAGAUGAAGUCAGGGAAGAAACGCUUCGAGACCCAACACUACAAGAAGUUAGAAAGUUCCACCUAGAACGGUGGCCCUCGAAAAUCUAUUCCACAGACCUUCAACAGUUUUACCAGCGAAGACUCUCUCUUUCAAUCAUCGAUGACUGUCUGCUGUUUGCCGAACGUGUCAUAAUUCCCAAGAAGCUACAACCAGCAGUGCUUGAACAAUUGCAUGCAGGACAUCCUGGAAUAAAUCGCAUGAAAGCACUAGCACGAAGUUAUGUAUACUGGCCGCAUUUAGACACCCAACUGGAGCAGCUAUCCCGUUCGUGUACCAAAUGUGCAUUAGCAACAAAAGCACCGCGAAAAGCAGAGCUGCAAUCAUGGCCAAUACCACAGUCACCGUGGCAGCGUAUACAUUUGGACUUUGCUGGUCCACUUCAUGGACAAACUUACCUUUUGGUGGUUGAUGCAUAUAGCAAGUGGCCAGAAAUUUUUCUCAUGGAACACCCGACUGCAAGCUGCACAGUCAGUAAACUACGUCAACUAUUCAGUCGUUUUGGAAUCCCGGAAUUGAUAGUUAGUGACAACGGAACACAGUUUACGUCCGAAAUCUUCUCACAAUUUUGUCGGCAGAACGGAAUCCAGCACAUCCGAACACCUCCAUACCAUCCCCAAUCAAAUGGCCAAGUGGAACGCUUUGUGAGUACAUUUAAAAAUGCUCUAAAAAAAUCCAAAGGGGAAGGGACCACUGAAGAUAUCUUAGAGAGGUUCCUGUUUAUUUAUCGUUCUACACCGAACCCUCAGACAAUUAACGGGCUCUCUCCAGCAGAAGCUCCACUUGGCAGAAAGAUACGUACACAUUUCGAUGUCAUCCGUCCUACGCCAGCUAUUGAACCCCAACGAAACCUAUCGAUGGAGAAACAGUUUAACCGACAUCAGGGGGCACAAAGACGAUUGUUCACUGUGGGACAAAAAGUGCUUGCUAUGGACUAUCGUGGGAAACAUCCUAUAUGGACAGCUGGUCGGAUCUUGAAAAAGAAGGGGAGUGUGGUUUACGAGGUGUCAGUUGGCUCGGAAGUUUGGGUACGUCAUGCUAACCAAUUGAAAGCAACCUCGAUAGCCAGCAACAAGACUCAAUAUCGAUUACCUCUUGAUGUUCUGCUAGACACCUUUGAAAUCAAAACGCCGGGAAUAGACACAUCAGUUUCUGUGCAAGAAAAGUGAUACUUCUUUAUUGCCUAGACGAUGGACUAAUCGAAAGCACAGGCCAGUCAGUCGGUUGCAGUUGGACUCUAGCACCAGAUCCUACGAAUCUGCUCAGAGGGGAGGUGUUAGCGGGACAUAGACUAGAUUAAAGCAUGCCCAAUGCAUGAUUGUUUAGGUGCACGCUGAUUGGCUGAUUCUUAUCCAAUCAGCACUAGUCGAUAGUCGGAGAAUAUUCUGGAAUCUUCUUAUGUAAAAAACUAUAAAUAUACCGACGUUUUCCCCUAUUGUGCUUCUGACUUGCUAUUUGGAAUAUAAUCUUUUUCCUGUUCAACCUUGUUCUGAUUUGGGGACUUGUCGAGUGAAUCGGUGUCCGAGAAUACUAAGCAAUAGGAAUAGCUGGGUCAUUAACCGUAAGAAAACAGAGUUAUAACAGUGGCGACGGGGAAAAAGGAAAACAAAUUCAAGAUGCCCAUAUCAGAUGACCAGCUUAACCGAAUACUACAACAACAGCAAGCACAACUUGAUGCACAAAUGCGGUUGUUAGAGACCCUGACUCAACAGCUCAACAUUCACAGCUCGGGUUCACAUGCUAUUUUAAGUACGUCUUGUGAUGCAGUUGCUAGCAGCAUCCCAGAAUUCAUCUAUGAUCCCGAAAGUGGAAAUACUUUUCUCACGUGGUUCAAACGUUGGGAAGAUACAUUUAGAACAGAAUUCUGUAACCAAGACGAUGCGUGGAAGACCCGAUUGUUGGUACGUAAGUUGGGAGGCGAUGAACAUGCACGUUUUGCUGACCAUAUAUUGCCAAAGUUACCUCGAGAGCUCAGUUUCGAGGAGACGGUAUUUCAGUUGUCAGAGAUAUUCGGCGAGUCAUCCUCGUUGUUUAGUAUUCGUUAUCGGUGUCUAAAUUUGGUGAAACGCGAAGCUGAUGAAUAUGGUGUUCUAGCAGACAUUGUCAACAGAGAAUGUGAACGUUUCAAGUUACGCUCGUUGACUGAUGACCAAUUUAAAUGCUUAAUUUUCAUCAAAGCUCUUCAGUCACCACAAGAUGCUGAGAUCAGGACGAGACUUUUAGCUCGACUGGAUCAAGACCCAAACGUCACACUCAGAACAUUGACAGAUGAGUGUAAGCGUCUACAAAGCAUCAGACACGACAACGAGUUGAUUGAACAGGUAAAUCCUAAUUUAACCUGCGGUAGUGUAAAUACUAUUACUAGGUUAAAAGUUCAGAAGCCGGUAACAACUCGUAACAAACCAAGGACUGCAUCCUGGUUAUGCGGUGAUUGGCAUUAUGCACGAUUCUGUCCAUUCAAGAAGCAUAAAUGUCAGGAGUGCAACAAACGUGGACAUAAAGAAGGUCAUUGUCCACCGAAGCGUACGUCUCAGCCUAAGAAGAAGCAUAAACGUCCUCGACAUGUGAAAUCAGCCGAGUCUAAAUCUCUUUCUCUGGUAGCUGCUUUUCAAACAAACUAUGACAUUCGGAGAAAGUAUGUUACCAUCCAGAUAAACGGCAUAUCAGCUCGUCUUCAAAUUGACACGGCAUCAGAUAUCACGUUAGUGCCUAGAGAAACGUAUAACUUGCUGGGUAAACCGCCAAUGAAGCCAUCUAAGAAAACGGCUAAAAACGCAUCAGGUGGUGUGCUAAAACUGGUUGGUGAAUUACAGUGUGAAUUUUCCUUC